AGAACAGCGCCCCUAGAGGCCACCAAAGGCAUCGUCGUCUUUAUUUUUUUAUUUUUUUAUUGUCCAAUCGGAACACAGACUAGGUUGCCUUCCUCUCCUCCGCGAGACUCUCAGCUGACCGUACCGUCCACAGCCAUGCGGUUUCGUUUUUGUGGAGAUUUGGAUUGCCCAGACUGGGUACUCGCCGAAAUUAGCACUUUGGCGAAAAUUUCGAGUGUCAAGAUGAAACUCCUCUGUGCUCAAGUGCUAAAAGAUUUGCUGGGAGAUGACAUCGAGUAUGACAAAGUUGCAAAACUUACAUCAGAUGCAAAGUUUGAAAGUGGGGACAUUAAAGCUAGUAUUGCAGUACUAAGCUUUAUUCUGUCCAGUGCAGCCAAGCAUGAUGUUGACAGCGAAAGCCUAUCUAGUGAGCUGCAGCAGCUUGGUCUGCCCAAGGAACACACAACAGGGCUGUGUAAAUCAUAUGAGGACAAGCACACUGCGCUGCAGGACAAACUGAGAGAGACAAGCCUUCGAUUGGGACGACUGGAAGCGGUGUCCUGGCGGGUAGACUACACACUGAGCUCAAGUCAGUUGAGGGAAGUGAAUGAACCGAUAAUCCAUCUGAAAUUGCUGGCACAGGGAGCAGAGUCAGGCUCCACAGAGACCACUGUUGUCUCAAUUUCUGCUGACAAAUUCCGAGUCUUGCUUACAGAACUCAAACAAGCCCAGGCUAUGAUGGACGCCCUACAAUGAACCAUAAGGAGCAGCUGCUUUGGACACAUUCAUCCUUUGCUAAUAGAUGGUCAAUAAGUGGUGUUAAAUGGAAAUGACCAGUGAGUCUGCCAGACUGCCUCAUGUCCUUUAUUGACAUCCUGAAUGAAAUAGCGGAAUUGGUUUGUACAGCAUCUUAAAAGUUCACCUUGAUGGCCAUGCGGUUAAUGGCAGUAACCAACUCUCUGUAAGGCUGAGUUUCCUCCAGAUGAGCUGCCAAACGUAUGUCCGCUGGUUGCUGUUUGUUACUUCAGGACGAUCCUUAAUGCGCACCAGCGUUUAAAAUGGUUGAAUGGACCGUUUUUGUAAAUUAUUGCACACAACUGCACUGAUAUUAAGUCUUGAUUAUACUGUUAUACUUUCAUUUUCAUAAACGUUAUAUAUGCUUAA